AUGGCCGAAGGGAACGGCGCAGACAGCCGCCCUGCUGGCCCCGGGUCCCAGCCGAGGGAUCCUGGAGACAGCCUGGAAACGCAGCCCGGUGGCUGGAGGGGGGCCCCCUUGGGAGUCACCGAUGGGAAUGCAGGUCCUAAUCUGAAGGAGUGGCUGCGGGAACAGUUCUGUGACCACCCCAUCGAGCACUGUGAGGACACGCGCCUGCAUGACGCGGCCUACGUGGGCGACCUGCAGACCAUCCGCAGUCUGCUGCAGGAGGAAAGCUUCCAGAGCCGGAUCAACGAGAAAUCAGUCUGGUGCUGUGGCUGGCUUCCUUGUACCCCACUGCGCAUCGCGGCCACUGCAGGCCAUGGGAACUGUGUGGAUUUCUUGAUUCAGAAGGGGGCUGAGAUUGACCUUGUGGAUGUGAAGGGACAGACUGCCUUAUAUGUGGCAGUGGUGAACGGGCAUCUGGAAUGUGCCCAGAUCCUCCUGGAAGCUGGAGCCGACCCCAAUGGCAGCCGACAUCACCGUAGCACCCCAGUGUACCAUGCCUCCCGGGUGGGGAGAGCUGACAUUCUGAAGGAGCUGAUCAGGUAUGGGGCAGAUGUGGACGUCAGCCCCUCCCUGGCUCCUGGGGCGCCUCCCCCUGCUUCCCGACGCCUCACUUCCCUGGUGGUCUGUCCAUUGUACAUCAGUGCAGCCUACCACAACCUCCAAUGCUUCAAGCUGCUUCUUCAAGCUGGAGCCAACCCUGAUUUCAACUGCCACGGCCCUGUCAAUGUCCAGGGCUUCUGCAGGGGCUCCCCUGUCUGUGUGAUGGACGCCGUUCUGCGUCAUGGCUGCGAGGCUGCGUUUGUCAGCCUGCUGGUUGACUUUGGCGCCAACCUGAAUCUGGUGAAGUGGGAAGCCUUGAAUGCUGAGUCAAGAGGCAGAGUGAAAGUGAACCCAGAAGCUCUGCAGGUUUUCAAAGAAGCCAGGAGUGCCCCCAGGACCUUGCUGUGCUUGUGCCGGGUGUCUGUGAGGAGGGCUCUCGGCAAGGGUCGGCUGUACCUUAUACCCUCUCUCCCCCUGCCUGAUGCCAUCAAGCAGUUUUUACUUCAUGAGCAGAGUUAAGAUGCAGGCGUGAUUACGGGGAUGCUUCUCAAGGAUGAAAGCAGGUGACCUAAGAACCAAAUUGGUGUCUAUUCAUUGCUCUCCAUCUUGCAUCCUGAACUGUUAAGAAAUAUUCCAAGCAGCUGCUGGUAAAGAGGUUGCCUUGGUUAGAACUGAUGUUAACCAGCUGGGUGCUUUUGUCAAUCUGCUGUAUUUUGUGAAGGAUCUCUCAAUUGACUUUGAUCUAGCCUUGGCUUAUUUUCAAUGGUGGGGCUAUUGCUAUAUUUUCUUUUCCUUUGAUAUCCCUAUGUGGAAUUUUCGUAGCUGAGAUGUUACAACCACCUGCAUAUAAUCAAAAUCGGGGAUGGAAUGUGUAUCAAGGGUAUAGGUCAGGUUCCAGAGGUCAGCUGAUGCCUCCAUAAGGAUAGUGCAAUUAGCAGCCUCAUGGCAUAUGUGCUUCUGUAUAUAUAUUUAUAUUUCUAAAGUGAAAUAUUUACUUCAAUAUCUGAUGGAUGCAAAUAAUUAAUUUUGGGAAAAUACAUUUAACUGAAGGUAAAUGUUAGUCAACAAGCAUUUAUUAAAUACCUACUAUGGACAAGACCCUGUGCUAAGUAUUGGGAAUACAAAAAAGGCAAAGACAUUGUCUUUGCCCUCAAGGCACUCAUAUCCUAAUGGGAGAGAUAACAUGGAGGAUGUAGGCAGAAUAGGUCAAAGGUCAUUUUAGAGGGGAGGACUUGGGGCCUAUUGAUGGCCACUGUCCUCUAUUGAGAGAUUAGCUGGCAUUUGGUAUUUAGAGGUAUGAUAUUUCACAAAAUCACAGAAUUUGAUAGUGGUCCAGAACCUCAGUGGUCACCUCAUGGGUCAUCUAACCCAAACCUGAAAGGAACCCCUACUAUCACAUACUCAACCAAUAUGGAUAUUUGUCUGCUCACAUAGUCAUCUACACACACAGUGGAAUUGCUUAUAAUGGCUGCCAAAGAUGUCAUGGCCCAGAUUAAGGGAGACAAAGGUCCAGAAGAAGGAAGAUUAUAUUUUCCUUAAACUCAGCCCUGCUCACAUCCAAUAUGGAAUAUUGGGUUCAGUUUUUGGGGAAAUAUUUUAGGAACAAGAUGGACAGAGUGGGGAAGACUCAAGGGAGGGUAACCAAGAUGGAAAGGGCGUUGAGUUCCAUGCCAUCUGAUGACUAUUUUAAGGAAUUGGGGAUGGUCAGCCUGGAAAAGAGAAGCCUUAGGCAGGACAUGCAAAUGGUCUUCAAGUAUUUGAACAGCUACCACAUGGAAGAAACAACCGUCCUAUUCUCUUUGUCCAAAGAAGGCAUAAUAGGUAGUAGUCGGUGAGGCAAAUUUAUGGGAAACUUUGUAAGAAAUGCAGCUGUUCCAAAGUGGAAGGGACUACAUGGAAGGGAGAAAGCUCUCUUACCAGAGGUCUUCAUGCACUGUCGCAAUGGCCCCCUUUGGGGUGAUGUUAAAUGGCUUUCCUUUUCAGAUGAGGUUGGAUUAAACAGCAUCUCCAGUCCCUUUACACUCUGACACUUUUCCUUCUGCAGUCCUUCUUUUCCUCCCUUAGUGAGUCAGACUAACUAGCUUCCUUUGGUCACUUCUUAUGUCCUUUCUCAACUCUAUCUAUGUCAGGUUAAGCCUUGACCUUGAUCUCCCCUGAAUCCAUACUUGGAGUAGUCACAAAUACUGAAAUAUCAGUCCAGGUACGAGAGCCUAGAAUGCCUCCCAAUUUCUCCAUUUUCCAUCUCCUAGAUGAAGCAGCUUUCACAAAAGGAUGGGUCAGUUUCAGAGGCUACAACCAAACAAAUGAACCAAUGUUUAAGCACUUAUUAAGCACCUACUGUAUACAAGGCAUUGUGCUAAGUGUUGGGGAUAUAGAGACGCCAAAAUGAAACGAUGCCUGCCCUCUAGGACUUUACAUUAUGUAAGGAUUAUCCAAUAUGCAUCAGUCUACAGGUGGAAGAAGUGUUAUACCAACAGCAUUCACUGCCAUCACAUACAGGACAAUCAGUCAAGGAAUAAGCUUUGAUUAAGCACCUACUAUGUGUCAGUGUUAGGGAUGAAAAAGCAAAGGUGAAAGUCUUUGUUCUCAAGGAGCAGCUGUUUUAUUGAGGGGGAGGGAGAGAUAAAAGGCCUAAUGCUCUGUUGCAAAAACACUAAAUACAGCCUUGGUCAUUUCAGCCAGAUCUGUGGAUGCUUCCAAAUGCCUAAAUGUUUCGUGCUAGACACGUAUCCUUCUGGAGAAUUGAUUGCAUUUGUAUUUUGGCUCUGCCAUCUUGGUGCCUCUGGACUCUAGGGUCCUGAGAGACAAGCUCACAGAAUCCUCCUGACUCUGGAGCUGGUAGGGACCUCUAAGAUCUUCUACUAGGGCCAGGGGGAAAACUGAGGCUCAGAGGAGCGAAGAGAGUUGCCCAGAGUCACACAGUAUCCUGAUAAUGACACUUCUAUAGUACUUUCAGGUACUGUUUACAAAGUACUUUGUAUACAUUGGCCCAUGUGAUUAUCACAUCAGCCCAUUAAGGUCUAUAGAUAGUACAGGGGGCACUUAGGUUUCACAUAUGAGGAAAUUGAAGUUCAGAGAACAUAAAUGAACUGCUUAAGGUCACACCAGGAGCACGUGUCAGGGCAGGAUCUGAACACAAGCCUUUCUCACUCUGAAUCCCAAAGUCAAGCAUCCUACUUUUUUGGGUUUGUUGAUGAGAAGAUUCUUGCUCAAGGAUGGGCUGGCUGGUUGACUUCAGACGUCCUUUCCAGCUUUGCGAUCCUGUGAUUCUCUGACCUCCAUUGUUGUCCACGGAUUCUCAGGUAUCCUGGUAUCCUUGGAUAUCUGAGUCUCUGAGGCUGGGACUGCUUAGCACGAAAGCAAGUGGUGAUUUAUUCAAUCAAUUCAAUGAGAGAAAAAAAAUCAGUCAAACCAGUUGUUCGAUUGAAUUGGUCAGUUCAGGUGGAAAACUAGAGCCACUUAUAAUUAAAUCCUAGGCCAUUGGCCCAAAGUCACACAGCCUCCCUACACCACAGUAGCCUCCUCUGAGGUCCUUUCUACCCUGAUAUCUAUGGUCUUACCUUGGGAUUAGCUUAAUUUAAUGAAAAUUUAUUAAGUGCCUCCAAUACAAGUACAAGGAGUUCACCUUCAGAGGAGUAUGGGAUGCUUGAGGGCAGGGACUGGACCAUUUUAUUUUUGUCAUAUCCCCAGCACCUGGCACAAUGAUUGGCACAUUGUAGGCACUUAAUAAAUUCUCAUGGAUUAAUUAAAAAUGCAGUGGUGCUGUGGUAAUGGAGUACAAAGCUAUAAACAAAACCACCCCUGCCUCCAAGGAGUUUACAUUCUACUGUACUCUUCCGGUUUGAAAUCUGACUCUGUGGCCCUGGAGCCAUUACUCAAUAAAAUGCUCUUGGUCCAUCAUAAGCAGGUAUGGAAAGAUGGAACCACAGCGGACAUUAAUAGUUGUCCAUCUUCCCUUCCCCCCAUCUCAUUUUCCAAAGGAAGAAAUUGAGUUUAAGAGAGAGGAAAUGACUUGCCCAAGGUACUGUAGGGUGGGAUUUGAACCUAGGUCCUCUGUCUGCAGAUCCAGAGCUCUUCUUUCCAUACAGUCAUUUAAGAGCUGCAGAAAUUGGGUCAAACAGAGCCAUCAGGACUGUGCAGGAUCAUGGCUUAGAAGCCCAGCGUUCUUUCUGGGAGACCCUGUUCUUCUCUUCCCAGCUCAGAGGCUGCCUCUCCAGGAAGCUCCACCAGCACUCUUCCUUGGAGUUACUUUAUGUUUACUUUGUCUAUAUCUUAUCUUAAUUAUCUGUGUUCUUAUUUCCUUGUGUGAAUGUAAACUCCUCAAAGACAGGAGCUCCUUUUUUCUUUAUUUUAUUUUUCUUUUUUUCCGUAUCUCCAUUGCCUAGCACCAUGCCUAGCAACAGUAGGUGAUAAAUAAAUUUUUGCUCAAUGAAUGAUUGGAUUUUCAGCAAGGACAGAGGAAGAAGAGAGAUUCAAUCAGUUGAACUCAUUUAAAAGCAAGAUACAGAGGGUAAAUUUUGAGGUGAUCCAGGGCCGUGGCUCACUCAUUGCCAGGUUCCCAAGUUUAAUUUCUGGGUUCUCAAGGAAAGUGUUGUGAGGGCCCUUCUCUCAGCCUAGCCCCUUGUCACAUAUCUUGGGCCCCUCUUCUUUUCAUGGACACCUCGGGUUUUCCAUAAGCGUCUGAAUUUCCCAGUAAAUGAAUUGUGAGGCAGGGAAGGCCCCAUGCUCUCCUGUUCCACACUGAGCAAAUAAACUGGAAACCAUUAAAAAUUUGCUGGUAGACACACAUCCUCGUUUGUCAUGGCUGUGAAUGAUGUCAUCUGAAGGGAGAGAGGUUUCAGAGGCCUGGGAGGAGCCUGAGUGAAUUGGCCAUAUAUCAGAGACCCAGGAGAGACAGAGCCCUGAGUGCCUGCGUCGGCUCAGUUGGGCCACUGACCCGUCACCUCGAGGGGCAGCUGGAGACUUUUCUGAGCACAUUCUUGAGAUGGCACUAUGUAUUGGGCAACGAUGGGGAUGCUUGGAAUUCAAGUUCUGCAAACUUGGGGUUUCACUGUGGUUGAUUCAUGGAAAAGGGCACAGCUAGCUUCAUUAUAGCAUAUAAUUACAUAGUGGUUAGGGAGCCAGCCCCAAAGUCAGGAAUUCCUAAGCUCCGGUCCCAUUUCUGACAUAUACAGGGCUGGGUGACGCUGGGCCAGUCCCCUAGC